AUGGCUCCAGAUCCUCUCGCGGUAUCAGCUUCCUCUAAGGACACCUCGUUCGAGCCCAACCGCAGCAAACUACAACCUGAACCUGCCUCAUCGCCAUUACCUUCUCUCAGUUCUUCCACCCCGACUCCUCACAAAACCUACCUUGAAAGGACUCCAUCGAAGUCCAAGAUCGAUAGCCUAGAUCAACUUCCAUCCAAGGACGAGAAUACACAGGUCGAUGACACGCCUGUUCCUGCGCCUGCGGCACAGCUCGCUCGGACGGCCAGCCAUCCGGCGAAAGACCUCUCUGCCCUGUUUGACCUUGCUUCAUCUUUCUCGACGCCCGCCAAGCCGAAGGACCAGAAACAGACGAUAGGUGGUUUGGCGAGCAGAAUGCUCAGCCGCUCAUCUUCCUCGCUGGCCCUCUCCGACUCCGGCUCGCAGCCCAAGUCCCCGGGCAUCGCAGGGGGUUCGCGCACUGGACUGGGGCGCACGGGUACCGUGAUUGACCUCACCCUUGCUUCACAAUCUCAGUCCCAAUCCAGCUCUUCGUCCUCCUUUGGCCGCUCCUCCUCGUCUCUGCACGGCGUGCUAGGACAAGCUCGUCACGCGUCUCCGACACGCGCUGUGGAAUCCGUUGCGGAGAGCAGUUCGCCUGCGCGGCCAGCAGUAGCACCUGUCGCGUUGACUACAGUCCGCCGGACGUACGCCGGUGCCUCCCGCUCGUUUCUGAUGGCCGUCCCGGCGGCGCAAUAUGCCGGUGUCGUGUCGCAGCUUGAGACGCCUAGCGCCGACGGAGUGGAUGGUCUCGGCGGUGCUGCUGAUGUGCUCGCGACCAGCCAGGAGGAGGACGACAAUCGCGGGUUGGAAUCCUACGCCGAUCUCCGCGCGCGUUUAGGCGUCGACCUGUCGGACGAUCCGCCUCCGCAACAUGUCUACGACUCGCCACCACGCCGGGACGGACGCACGUCGCCCCAACGUACCCCUUCUGGAAAGUGGAAGGGCAAGGCAAAGGAAACCUCGGGCUCCGCACCGGAGCUGCCGCCAGGCAUGAUGAACGACCUAAAGAGCAUCACCGAACUACGAUCCAAGGGAGAGUCGCGACGGUUUUUGGAUGAGGUUGGCUACCUGUUCGAGGGCCUCCUUCCCGAAUCCGAGGGUGGCGAGGGCGGACUCGGCGUGCGCCGCGGCAGUGCGCUGGACCUAAUGACCAAAUUUUCGGCGCCAGACUUCAUGCGCAAGGCGAAGGCGACGGACUUCCCUAUCCGCGCGUGGCGCGCCCUGCGCGGCGCGGGAGCCGGUGACGGAGAUAAGUUCCUCGACGCGGUCGCGGCGUAUUUCGCAGCUCUCAUCACGCACCACGUGCGUGCGGCUGACAUGCGGGAGCUAUUCGACGGCCCCGAAGGCGAUUUCGUCCCGGUAUUGUUCGACGUGCUGGAGAGAACGUCGAGGGCCAAGGAUGCUCUCGCUUUGGUCCAUUCAAAAUUGAUGUCCGACGCUGAACUGAGGAAAGCGGGUAUCAGCCGGUCGGAUAAGUCACUGUUCGCCGCUCUUGAUAACUUGGCCACGAAGGAAUCUGGACUGUUUGAGCGAGGUACUGCGGGUACUCCGACCCGCGAGAGGUUUGAAAGCGACGCAGAGAAAUGCUGCAACGGGCUCAUCGCUCUGGUCAACGCAGCGCACGUUUUAUCGAGUGACGGCGAUGAGUCGGAGGGCCGAAUAUCAACCUUCCGCAACUGCGUCGAUCUCGCUUUUCGCGUUCUCGUGAACCUCUCACACUCGGAUAGUCAGUGGUGUGACGCCUUAGCACGUCACGAACUCGGCCUAUCUACCGUGAUGAGAACCAUCAACUUGUCAUACCGCGGAUGGACCUCUAAGCAAGAUCAGGUCGCCGUGAACGGCAAAGUGAAGAGGGGGCGAGAGACUACCGGCACAGACGCAACCGAUCCCGGACAGCGUCGGUUUGACAGCCUGUGUCUGGCAUUGUGUCUCUUGACGAACCUCGUUCACCAAUGCAGCGACAUAGAGCAGUGGUCGCUCGACAUCUGUCUUGCUCCUGCUUGCCUCGGGCACCGUGCCUGCAUGCGGGCUUGUCGGUGUCUGCGCCGCAAGUCGGCGCUUGAGGGACUGUCUGAUAUCUACUCCCAAUGCGCCUCCAGCGCGGGCUUCAAGCCCGAGUCUGGUUUAGACUUGGAAGCUGUCGCAUGCUCCGGCCUCUUAGCUUCCCAUCUCGCGGUGCUCUUCGGGCUAAUCAUGAAGGCCGGCCUCGCGUCUGAAGCACGAGUUCUCGCUCUUCUUCAGGGCCAGUCACGGGUGGACAAGCUCAGCAGGCUCGUAGAGGUCGCAGGCGACUUCGUCUCCUUCCAGGAGGCUGUGUCGGUGAUCUUCCUACUGCAGGUUGGCGGGGAUAUAGGCUACUGCUUGGCAUAA